CUUCUUCAUACGUACCCUAGCGUAUCAGAAAAUUCGCAAUGUCAGCUUUCGCUCCCGCCCCCAAGCCUGAAAACCGCCUCGCUCGCUACCGUGCCCUUUCUCCUAAGGCCGCCGUGCAUGUCUCGCCUCUGCAGCUGGGCGCGAUGAGUGUCGGUGACAAAUGGGGUCAAUUCGGCUUCGGAAGCACGGAUAAGGAGUCAUCGUUCAAGCUUCUUGACGCGUACUUUGACGCCGGCGGUAACUUCAUCGACACGGCGAACAACUACCAAGACCAGACGAGCGAGCAGUUCAUUGGAGAGUGGGCUGAGAAGCGCGGGAUACGUCAUGAGCUGGUCAUCGCUACCAAGUAUACAAGCAACUAUGUGAACCGCGACGGCAAAACCACUCAGCAGGUACUUUUCACGGGUAAUAACUACAAGUCGAUGGCCGUCUCGCUCGAGAAUAGUCUCAAGAAUCUUCGAACAUCUUAUGUCGACAUUCUCUACCUGCACUGGUGGGACUACGACACCUCAGUCGAGGAGGUUAUGAAUGGCCUCAACACCCUUGUGAAGCAGGGUAAGGUCUUGUACCUCGGUGUAUCAGACACGCCGGCGUGGAUUGUCUCUAAGGCGAACCAGUACGCUCGUGACCACGGCAUGUCCGAGUUUAUUAUCUACCAAGGUGCCUGGAAUGUGAUGUCACGCGACUUCGAACGCGAGAUCAUCCCUAUGGCGCGCCAAGAGCGUAUGGCGCUCGCUCCGUGGAACGUCAUCGGUGGCGGCCGUCUUCGCUCCGACGAAGAAGAAGAGCGGCGCCGCCAGACGGGCGAGAACGGGCGCACAAACACAGGAAAAGGUUGGGAGCGCACCGAGUCGGAACGCAAGGUGUCGAAUGCCCUGCAUAAGAUCGCAAAGGAGGUCGGCACGCCGCAUCUGACGGCUGUCGCGAUUGCCUACGUGAUGCAAAAGACAACGCAUGUCUUCCCGAUCAUCGGCGGGCGUAAGAUUGAACACCUACACGCCAACAUCGACGCGUUGAAGAUCCAACUUACAAAGGAGCACAUCCAGGAACUGGAGAGUCUCGUGCCGUUUAGCCUUGGCUUCCCAUACGAUUUCUUUGUGGGUCCUUAUUUACACUACACAAAAUUCUCCCCCUCACCAGAUGGCUUGCAGGGUACGGAUGACGGACCAUACAAUGCGCUCAUGAAAACGGCCGGAUAUAUUGAGAAGCAGCAUGGUGCAAGCCCGAUUGUACCUGAUCGGGACUAGAUGCAAUGACCUUCUCGGUCAAGGAGGGUUACCAGGCAGUACUAACGACGAUAUGGGCCAUUUGGGUUGUGUGACUCCUUACGUCUACACAGAAUCAAACCUAGGUCUGAGAAUGCAUCAUCUACUUAAUACGUUUCUCCCAUUUGAACGAUAAUCCAAUAAUUUCGCUUUCUCGUCCUGCUAGGGUAUUAUGACCUUGGACCGUACUGACAAUUUCAGUUGAUUAUUUAUAAAUAUUUC